UUGCUUUUGUGUUGUAUGCUCUUGGUAUCAUAAGAUGUCCAACACUCUUCUGCUGCUGCUUUUGCCAUUUCUGCUAUCAGUUAAUGGCUGUUCCACCACCCCUCACCACACUGGGUGGAGUGCAUUUGGACUUGUUGGCUCGUCCUUCAACUUCCACGCUCAGGCUGGACCACCUUCUCUCCAGCAGCAGUUAAGGUCCAUCCUUAAAGGAUACGCCAAAGGGGUACGUCCAGUACGCAACUGGAGACAAGCCAGUGUGGUGACCCUCGACUUUACUGUGCAGGCCGUCCUGGAUGUGGUGGAAAAGCAGGAGAAGGUGGUUCUGUUCAUUGAGGUCAGGCAGCGCUGGCGUGACGAGUACCUGCACUGGCACCCUGCCCAAUUCCAUGGAGUCCAUAGUUUCUCUGUUCCUGUAGAGAGCAUCUGGGUGCCCGACAUCACCAUCUUUGAGAAGUAA